CCUGUUCCUUCAUUCGACCUCCCACCCAACUCCCCCUCUCUUCUCUUCUCUAUUCUCGUCAGAAAAACAAGAAUAAACAAACAAUAAAACCAAACCCACUUCAUGUUUUACACUUCACUCCCUACUGUUUGAUUCUCUCUCACAGUCGGAGAAGUAAAACAUGAAGCGAAAGCACCAGCUCAGUUGCGGCGGAGCUCAAACUUCCGUCUCGAUUAGCAGCAGCAGCAAGGCCAAGAUUUGGGAGGAGGAGGAGCGGGAGUCUGGAACCAUGGACGAUGAGUUGCUCGCCGUUUUGGGUUACAAAGUCAGGUCCGACGACAUGGCCGAUGUGGCCGACAAGCUUGAACAGCUUGAGAUGUCCAUGGGUUCUGCUCAACAAGAUGGGAUUUCUCAGCUCUCCGACAGUGUUCAUUACAACCCGUCUGAUCUAUCCGGCUGGGUCCAGACCAUGCUCUCCGAACUCAACCCGGUUGACAACCACCACCGCCGCCGGACCCAAUCUCGGGUCAUUUACGACGACAACUCCGAGUACGAUCUCAGAGCCAUUCCCGGUAUAGCAGCCUACCCUCCACAGACCGAACCCAACUCCUCAAAAAGACUGAAACCCUCAGCGGCUUCUCCGAUCGAGCCUCGGCCGCUGGUUGUGGUCGAGUCGCCGGACACGGGGGUGAGACUGGUACACACACUCAUGGCGUGCGCCGAGGCUGUUCAGCAGGACAACUUGAAAGUCGCCGACGCGCUCGUCAAGCAAGUGGGCGCACUCGCCGUCGCCCAGACCGGCGCCAUGAGAAAGGUCGCCACCUACUUCGCCGAAGCACUCGCCCGCCGCAUUUACAAAAUCUACCCACGCGAGAAUUCCUCACUCGAUUCUUCUUACUCCGAUGUUCUCGAGAUGCACUUCUACGAGACUUGCCCGUAUCUCAAGUUCGCCCACUUCACCGCCAACCAGGCCAUUCUCGAAGCCUUGGCCACCGCGAGUAGGGUCCACGUCAUCGACUUCGGCCUGAAGCAAGGGAUGCAGUGGCCGCCGCUGAUGCAGGCCCUGGCAUUGAGGCCUGGUGGGCCGCCGCUGUUUCGGCUCACCGGUAUUGGGCCGCCGCAGCCGGACAACACCGACGCCCUGCAGCAGGUGGGCUGGAAGCUGGCCCAGUUCGCCGACACCCUCGGCGUCAAGUUCGAGUUCCGCGGCUUCGUCGCCAGCAGCCUGGCUGAUCUGGAGCCGGCAAUGCUUGACGUCGGCGCGCCGGAGGUGGAGACGGUGGCGGUGAACUCCAUAUUCGAGCUCCACCGCCUGCUGGCGCGGCCGGGGGCGGUGGAGAAGGUGAUGGGUUCAAUCAAGGCAAUGAAACCCAAGCUUCUGACGAUGGUGGAGCAGGAGGCGAACCAUAACGGGCCGGUCUUCCUGGACCGGUUCAAUGAGUCGCUGCAUUAUUACUCGAAUCUGUUCGACUCGCUGGAGGGGUCGGCGUCUGGGCCGACGAGUGAGGACCUGGUCAUGUCGGAGGUGUACCUGGGACGGCAGAUAUGCAACGUGGUGGCAUGUGACGGUGGGGACAGGGUGGAGCGCCAUGAGAAGCUGGCGCAGUGGCGGGACCGGUUGGGCCGGGCCGGGUUCGAACCGGUUCCUCUGGGGUCCAAUGCGUUUAAGCAGGCGAGUACUCUGCUGGCGCUCUACGCCGGCGGGGUUGGGUAUCGGGUGGAGGAGAACAAUGGGUCGCUCAUGCUCGGGUGGCACACUCGCCCUCUCAUAGCCACCUCGGCUUGGCAACUCAGUGAGUCGACUCAGUUGAGUUGAUAUCCCUCACCUUUGGGGACAAGUCAGUUUGGUCCAGAGGUGGAAAACCAAAUCCAAUGAAAUCCAAAGAGAGACUAGUACUGUAGUAAAAUCCCUAUUGUGUGUGAUUUUGAGACUCGGCUGUAAUUUUCUAGUGGACUAGAUUUUAUUUUAGCUUCGUGCACAGUGCAGUAUCAAGUAGAAGAGACUCGAUUCAUGAUCAGUGAGGAUGAAUGUGUAGCUAUCUAUCUGAGUUUCUCUAAUAAUAAAUGAAGAUUGAGCAUUGAUUCUCCCUCA